AUGGUGGACAACCAGGAAGCUUCAACGGUGGACGAGGAAUUGCAUGACCUAAUCAACAGGAUGAAUACUAAGGAGUCGGAUAGCGAGGACGACGACAUGAAUGAAGUAAAAAACCAUUACGUCGACGAUUACUUGGAUAGUUUCAUCUCCGUCGAAGACGCUGUGGACGUAGUGAAGGAAGUGAAAUUGGUCCACUCGCUAGGUGGAUUCGAGAUCCGUGGUUUCCGUUCCAACUCUAUGGAUUUCCUUCGUGAAAUAGGGGAACCUGCAGCUUAUGAACCGAAGAAUCUAAUUUUGGAAAGAUGUUCUACUAUUGAGUCCGUACUGGGGAUGUCCUGGGAUCCAGCAACCGACUGUUUCUCUUACUCGUUUAAUCUGCGGGACGAUAUGCGUUCAAUACUCGACGAAGGAUACGUCCCUACGAAACGAGAGGUGCUCAAGGUCGUGAUGAGUCUUUUCGACCCACUUGGACUUGUCUCACACUUCCUCGUCCACGGGAAAGUCAUAAUUCAGGGUACAUGGGCUGCUGGAACUGGGUGGGACGAGCCAAUCAACAAAGACCUAAACCAAAAAUGGCGCCAGUGGGUUGAACUCUUUCCAAAGCUCAAUGAGCUGAAGAUAUCCAGAUGUUAUUUCUCCUCGUUCCCGUCCAGCAUCGAUGAUCUGCAAGUGCAUAUUUUUGUUGACGCCAGCGAUAUUGCUUACUCAUGUGUCGUAUAUUUCCGAUUACUACAUGAAGGCCGUGUCCAAACAGCGUUAGUAGGAGCAAAAAGUAAAGUGGCGCCAAUAAAGACACUGUCUACUCCACGGCUCGAGUUGAAGGCUGCCGUCCUUGGAGUACGAUUUGUAGCAGCCAUGCUCGAAUAUCAUUCCCUGCCGGUAUGCAGUCGAUUCUUCUGGAGCGACUCAACUACAGUACUUGCGUGGAUCAGGUCCGAUCACCGAAAAUUCCAUAAGUUCGUGUCAGUGCGCGUAGGAGAAAUUCUAACCUUGAGCGAGCCACAAGAGUGGAGAUGGGUUCAAUCCAAGCUAAAUGUUUCUGACGACGCGACUAAGUGGAAGGAUGGACCAAAUCUUGACUGCAAAAGCCCUUGGUUGAACGGACCCACAUUUCUACACCUUGAUGAAGCGGCAUGGCCAGAGCAACGGUUCGCGACUACAACACACGAGGAACUUCGGAUUGUGCAAACCCACUGGAACCGGGAGUUUGUUGUGGAUUAUUCUCGAUUCAACAACUGGACAAGACUGCAGCGCACAAUAGCAUACGUCAUCCGUUUCAUGAACAGCUUGCGACGAAGGAAUGUUGGGCAGAAUUUAAGACUGGAAACACUCACCCAAGAAGAGUUAUCGAGCGCGGAAGUUCUGCUGUGGAAGAUGGCACAAGAGGAAGUAUAUCCAGAGGAGCGAUCAGUGCUAAUAAAAACACUUGGUAUUCCAAAUUCUAAGCACGCUACAGUUCCUAGAACCAGCCCCAUCUACAAAACUUGGCCCUACAUGGAUGAUCAAGGAAUUUUGCGAAUGCGAGGUCGCAUAGAAGCAGCGAACUAUCUACCCUUCGGUGCGAGGUACCCUGUAAUUCUUCCGAAGCAACACCCAGUAACAACAUUGAACGUCGGAUGGUUCCAUCGUCUUUACCGUCAUGCGAAUCGAGAGACGGUUAUUAAUGAACUCCGUCAACGUUUCGAGAUUGCGAACAUGAGAUCCAUCGUUCAAAAGGUCGCAAAGAAUUGCGCAUGGUGCAGAAUCAACAAAGCUUCUCCAAAACCACCGGUGAUGGCACCUCUCCCUAAGGAACGACUUGAGCCAUAUGUAAGACCCUUCACAUACGUCGGUCUGGACUACUUCGGACCGGUGCUUGUCAAAGUAGGCCGUAGUCAAGCAAAACGGUGGAUCGCACUCUUUACAUGCCUGUCCGUUCGUGCUGUUCACAUGGAAGUAGUGCACAGCCUGUCUACGGAAUCAUGCAUAAUGGCUAUUCGAAGAUUUGUAUCACGCCGAGGAUCCCCUGCCGUAUUUUACUCGGAUAACGGCACCUGUUUUCAGGGUGCCAACAAACAACUAUUAGAGGAGAUUGCUGCAAGGAAUGAAGCAAUCGCUUGCACUUUCACGAACGCCGAUACAAAGUGGAAGUUCAUUCCACCUGCCACUCCACAUAUGGGUGGCGUGUGGGAACGCCUGGUCAGGUCAGUGAAGACAGCAAUCGGAUCGGCUCUGGAACAUCCUCGUAAACCGAACGACGAAACAUUAGAGACGAUCAUCUAUGAAGCUGAAGCAUUAGUGAACGCCAGGCCGCUCACAUAUAUUCCGUUAGAGUCAGCAGACCAAGAGUCGUUAACACCUAACCAUUUCCUUUUGGGUAGUUCUACGGGCAACAAAAUCGGAACAACUGAAGUGUCUGGAUACGCUACACUCCGUAGUAGCUGGAAAAUGGCUCAACAUAUCGUCGGAGAGUUUUGGAAAAGGUGGGUGAAGGAGUAUUUGCCCGUUAUAACACGCCGCAGUAAAUGGUUCGAGGAAGCUAAGGACAUAACGGAAGGAGAUUUGGUUCUCAUUGUGAAUGGGGCUGGACGGACUCAAUGGAUCAGAGGGCGUAUCGAAAAAAUCUUCGUUGGCAGUGAUGGGAGAGCUCGUCAAGCGCUUGUUCGAACAGCGAAUGGAGUUCUACGGCGACCUGUGAAUAAGCUAGCGGUGUUGGACGUCGAAGGAGAAUGUGAACCUACGAGACUUCAGGAGUACCCGAGGCAUCACUUAGGUUCACGGGCGGGGGUAUGUGCCGCCAACACCCCUCGGUGCAGCGACGCCGCUGCUUGUGGAGACACUUUCUAA